AUGUCGCCAGAGGAGUUAAAUUUAAUCACCGUAAACAUUGUGUUCUUUGUAUACAAGAUUGGAGAAUCCAUGCUAGACACGACAACAAAACCAUACUUAGUCAGUGCAGUGUGUUACGACACCUCUCUAUAUAAACAAUCUCCAAACAUAACCUGCAAGGAACUAGAGAAAAACGCGGAACUUGAAGAUCACAUGCAAAGCCUGUCGGGAAAUUAUUUGAUUUACUACAGAUUGCUUUUGAAUAUUCCCGCCAUUCCUUUAGCUCUUCUUUGCGGGUCAUACAGUGAUCGAUAUGGAAGAAAAAUACCUAUCUUCCUUCCAAGUUUAGGUAGUGUCUUCGCAGCCGUGUUCUACAUACUCAGCGACUUGGUGCCUAUGUACAGGAUACCCCUAUUAUUUUUUGGCCUCGGACUUCAAGGACUUUUUGGGAAAAGCUCUGUUAUAACGAUGGCCGUUAAUAGCAUGGUUUGUGAUAUUUCACUACAUGGAAAUCGAACAAAGACCCUUAGUAUUCUUUUAGCUAUGAACUUCCUUGGUGUUUGCUUAGGAUCUCUACUUUCCGGAAUAAUACAAAGUCUGUUUGAUCUCAGUGUUACAUUUGUUUGCGUCACAAUACUUCAUGGAAUGUCCAUUUUGUUAACCAUUUUAUUAAUUGAUGAAACAGUAGAUUCAAACAGAGAGCAGAAAUCCAAAGAAAAGAAAUGCGAAGUGUGUGAAAUUUUUCGGCCAUCGAAUUUUAAAGAGGCAAUAACUGUUGUAACAAGACGUAGGUUUUUAAACGAUAGAAAAAUGAUCAUUGCACUUCUGGUAAUUUGUUUGGUGACCCAGGUCUGCAGGACAGGGGAGGGUGACAUUAAUCUUCUCUUCAUAACGAGAAGACCGCUCAGUUGGCCAAAACCUUGGUAUGGAUACCUGUUGUCUUUAGAGUACGCCGUUAAGGGUGUGUGUCUAUUUCUUUUUCUUCCGCUUCUCUCCAACAAGCUAAUGCUUCCUGAUGUCACAAUAGUCAUGCUGGGAAUUUUAUGUAAAUUAGUUCGUUUGGUGUGGGCGGGAUUCUGCAAUACUACCUGGAUGGUGUUUGUUUCGGUUGCCAUAGGAGCUAUGGCUGGAAUGUCAACUUCCGCUCUGCGUUCAUUGGCUAGUAAAGCCGUUGACGUAGAUGAAGCGGGAAAGUUAUUUGCCAUACUUACCGCCGCAGAAACUUCAAGUAAAUUUUUGGGAUCACUUAUAUUUUUGAACAUAUAUGGUGUCACUGCACAUAUUUUUCCUGGAAUGGCUUUUUUAAUUGAAGCUUUUGUAUAUUUAUGUCUGUUAAUGGUUUUAUUUGUAAUGUUCAGGCCACUGAAGAAGCUACAAUCAAGUGUAUUAAGGCAUAUUUCUCACUCAAACUAUUGCUCAUAUUGA